GCACGUCGCUAUCGACGAAAAUGUGCAAAAUUCCUGCCCAUCGCUAUCGCCUUGUUUCUCGUAUUUGAUACGUUUUACUUGAUGUUUUCCGGCAGGCCACACCGCGUCUCGCAUCCUUCACACCCUUCAAAUAAGCGGAUAUUCAUGGCAAGCAUACAUUGGAUUAAUGAGAGGAUAUUAAGAUCACACUGGAACCAGGCAGUCCUUGACCUCGUACAGCAUCUUGGUCCCCAAAAUGUUUUUGUGGGGGUACUCGAAAGCGGAAGUUGGGAUAAUAGCAAAGGCGCAUUACAGGAGUUGGAUGCCCAGUUGGCGCAGCUAAACGUUGCACACUCAAUUAUCUUGGAAGAUACAACGCAUGAAGAUGAGAUAUCGCGGGUACCGUCUCCCGGCGAGGCAGGCUGGAUAUGGACACCGCGAGAAAAGAAAGAGCUCCGCCGGAUACCAUACUUGGCAAAUCUACGAAACAAAGUUAUGCAGGAGACGUUCAAGGACACAGACCAACACUUCGAUAAGGUUCUGUGGCUCAAUGAUGUCAUGUUCACGACUGAAGACGUAGUCACACUCUUAUCAGCAAAUGCCGGCGAGUACGCAGCAGCGUGCUCCCUAGACUUUUCUAAACCUCCCCGCUACUAUGACACCUUUGCUCUCCGGGAUAUCUCUGGCGCUAGGGCCCUUACACAGACAUGGCCAUACUUCUUAUCGCAUACUUUUCGCCACGCCCUUAUAUCCAAUAAACCUGUUCCAAUUCAGUCCUGCUGGAACGGGAUGGUUGCUAUAAAUGCAGAGCCAUUCUACGCGAGCACUCCGCUACGAUUCCGAGGCAUCCCCGACCAACUAGCCGAACUGCACUUAGAAGCCUCUGAGUGCUGUCUUGUACACGCAGAUAACCCUCUAAGUACUGCAAAAGGCGUGUUUCUUACUCCGAAUGCUAGGGUGGGUUACGAUGCGGAAGCGUACUCGGCUGUGAAUUCCUUCAUCUCGUGGUCUGCGCCCAGUCAACGCAUAAAAGGAAUCUGGAAGCUUUGAUGCACGUGGUUCGUUGGCAUGCCGCGACGCAUGGUAGAGAGCUUUGUUGUUGCCCGAAGAUUGAAAAGAUGGGAAGCGGUUGAUGUAGCGGAGAAUAGGGAGGUAGGGACAUACUGUCUGAUUAACGAAAUGCAAGUUUUGGUGGAGAACGGAUGGAAACACCUUUGAUAUGGGACAGUUCUAUAGCUAACUUACCUAUAUUUACC